GUCAGCCAAAAGUCCUUGACAUCGAGUUGAUCAACGCCAAAGUUGCACGGGAUUCUCCUCGGCAUCGAUCCGCUUAUUCACCGUUGGACAUUAGUCAGUCCACGUUCAUUUAGAAACGAAUUUCUACGAAUUUUCACAAAUCUAACUUAUCAGAAUGGGAGUCCCUGCAGGAGAUGCCGAGAAAGGAAAAAAGGUUUUCGUACAAAAAUGCUCCCAAUGUCAUACCAUCGAGGCUGGUGGCAAACACAAAGUAGGCCCAAAUUUACACGGAAUGGUUGGUAGAAAAACCGGACAAGCGCCUGGAUUUUCCUACACGGAGGCCAACAAAGCAAAAGGCAUCACUUGGAAUAAGGACACGCUGUUCGAGUAUCUCGAGAAUCCAAAGAAAUAUAUUCCCGGAACAAAAAUGGUGUUCGCCGGAAUUAAGAAACCACAAGAGAGGGCAGAUCUCAUCGCCUAUUUAGAAUCAGCCUCUAAGUAAAUUUUCAAUAAUUUGACAUUAAAAAAAAGAAUAAUUAAUCUCAAGAAACGGUGCUGUUUUUUUGGUGAAAACGAGGAAACGAAAAAUUAGGAAAAUUAUCAUCUCAACGUUUAUUCGGACCUCGGAUUCACUCUCUCACAAUUAAAAAAAAAACAUCCAACUCAAAAUAUGCAUUGUUUCAAGAAGGAGCAUCUAGUAACGAAUUGUUAUUGUUAAUAAGUAGGUAAACAAAAAAACACACAAAUCAUUGUAACUAUGUAAAUUUUUCUCUUUCAAAUAAUGAGCAUGGACAAGAACCGGCUCUAGAAUUUUACCAAUAUCGAUGAUCAAUUCUGUUUUUGGAAUUUUCUUUUGUUUUGGUUGAGCCUUGACAAAAAAGUGUAUCAUCGAUUUUUAUUUAUUGUCAUUACAAUUUUUUUUCAUUUUUUUUUCUUGUGAUUUAAAUAAUGCCUCGUUUAUUCGUCGACAGUAUUUAUUGGAAAUACAAAAAAGAAAUUAAUUAAAACAAA